AGGAAGCCUGAGAGGGAAUUCACCCUGGAUGAAGACCGUUUCCUGAAGCCGAGUGUAUUCCAGGAACGGUAACCCAAAUGUUUCUGUGUCCGUGGAGUAUAUCUCCCUUUUGAAGCGACCUGGACUGAAGCCAGGUGUGUCCCAUCACCAUGUUCUGGAAGUUUGAUUUGAACACGACGUCGCACGUGGACAAGCUGCUGGACAAGGAGGAUGUGACGCUGCACGAGCUCAUGGACGAAGAUGACAUCCUGCAGGAGUGCAAGGCGCAGAACCGCAAGCUGCUGGACUUCCUGUGCCAGCAGCACUGCAUGGAGGAGCUGGUCACGCUCAUCACCCACGAGCCGCCCGUGGACAUGGACGAGAAGGUCCGCUUCAAGUACCCGAACACGGCCUGCGAGCUGCUCACCUCGGACGUGCCGCAGAUCAACGACAAGCUGGGAGGGGAUGAGACUUUGCUCAACAUCCUCUACGACUUCCUGGAUCACGAGCCCCCGCUCAACCCCCUGCUCGCCAGCUUCUUCAGCAAGACCAUCGGGAAUCUCAUUGCAAGGAAAACGGAGCAGGUGAUCGCCUUUUUAAGGAAAAAAGACAAGUUUAUUAGCCUGGUGCUAAAGCAUAUAGAUACAUCAGCGAUGAUGGACCUCCUGCUUCGUCUGAUCAGCUGCGUGGAGCCAGCCACUCUACGGCAAGAAGUAUUAAAUUGGCUUAACGAGGCAAAAAUUAUCCAGAGGCUUGUGGAGCUGAUCCAUUCGAGCCAGGAUGAGGACAGGCAGUCGAACGCGUCGCAGACCCUGUGCGAUAUCAUCAGGCUGAGCAGAGACCAGAGCAGCCAGCUCCAGGAGGCCCCCGAGCCCGACCCCCUUCUCACGGCACUGGAAUCGCAGGAAUGUGUGGAGCAGCUCCUGAAGAACAUGUUUGAUGGAGAACAGACUGAAAAUUGCAUAGUGAAUGGAACACAGGUUCUUUUAACACUGCUGGAAACGCGGCGCUCUGGGGUGGAAGGACUGAUGGACUCAUACACUCAGGGAUUUGAAAGGUCUUACACUGUCAAUAGCAGCAUUUUAUAUGGUAUUGAACCAAGGCUAAAGGAUUUCCACCAGCUGCUGCUCAGCCCUCCCAAGAAAACAGCAAUCCUGACCACGAUCGGGGUCUUGGAGGAGCCGCUGGGGAACGCGCGUCUGCACGGGUCUCGGCUAAUAGCUGCUCUGCUCCACACAAACACUCCCAGUAUUAAUCAGGAACUAUGCAGACUCAGUACCAUGAACUUAUUACUUGACUUAUUUUUUAAAUACACGUGGAAUAACUUUUUGCAUUUCCAAGUGGAAUUGUCCAUAGCAGCUAUUCUCUCACACUCUGUACAAGAGGGAAAAACUACUACUAACGACGCAGAAGGCAAAGAAGAGGUGGUGAAUGGAAAUGCAGCCACAGAGAGCCUGGAGACUCCAGAAAACAAUCCCGAAAAUAUCAUGGUGACUCACCUGUUCCAGAAAUGCUGCCUAGUGCAAAGGAUAUUGGAUGCCUGGGAAGCCAACGACAAAAUACAGGCCGAAGGAGGGAUGCGGCGAGGCAACAUGGGCCACCUCACCCGGAUAGCCAACGCCGUCGUGCAGAACAUGGAGAAGGGCCCUAUGCAGACGCAAAUUAGUGAAUUUAUUAAAGAGCUACCUGAGGAUUGCAGAGGGAGAUGGGAGAGUUUUGUAGAAGAGACGCUGACGGAAACGAACAGGAGGAAUACGGUGGAUUUGGUGAGCACCCAUCAUCUGCACUCUUCCAGCGAGGAUGAAGACAUCGAGAGUGCUUUUCCCAACGAACUCUCCCUGCAGCAGGCCUUCUCAGAGUACCAGAUCCAGCAGAUGACAGCAAACUUUGUGGAUCAGUUUGGCUUUAAUGAUGAGGAGUUUGCAGACCAGGACGAUAAUAUCAAUGCUCCUUUCGACAGGAUUGCAGAGAUAAACUUCAAUAUAGAUGCAGAUGAUGACAGUCCCAACGCUUCCCUCUUUGAAGCCUGUUGCAAUGAGCGGAUCCAACAAUUUGAUGAUAAUGAGGAGGAAGAAGAUAUCUGGGAGGAGAAGGAGAUAACCUAUGCAACCCAAGUGAAAUCAAGAACAAGGUUCGGCGCCUCCCAGGCCUCCGAGAGCUCGUCCAAGAGCGACCUGGAGAACGGGGACCACGACGGGAGCGUGGACUCGGAGGAGGAGGAGGAGGCGGCGCGGCAGGCGCCCCCCUGCUCGGCCAACACCAACAGGAACAACGCCGCCGAGCACACGGACGCGGCCUCCGCGGAAGGCGCCGGCUGGACCGCGGCGUUCGAGCCGGUGAGCGCCAAGCCCCCGACGCCCUGCGUGGCCAUGGACGUGGGCUCCAGCGUGUGGGACUCAGCAGCCCCCGAGAACACCACGCCGGAGGAGAAAGGAUGGGCAAAAUUUACAGACUUCCAACCUUUCUGUUGCUCUGAAUCGGGUCCGCGAUGCAGUUCUCCUGUGGACACAGAGAGCAGCGGUUCGGAUGGAAACCCAAAGCAGAGUCAGGACAAGAACUCCAGUGCUGCCUCUCCCUGCGUGUGGAACGUCUGCGUCACCAGGAAAGCGCCGCUGGUGGCAUCCGACAGCAGCUCCUCGGGGGGCUCGGACAGCGACGAGGAGGACGACAAGGCCGAUAUCGUCACGGAAACCAUCAGCACGGGCUCGGGCCAGGAGACCAUCAAGCUGACCAUGGAUGCAAAGAACGAGAAGGCCGUUUUCACCAG